UUAUAAAUAAGUACUCAGUUUAGUGAGAUUUGGUUCCACCCACUUCACAAACGAAACCGGUGAUCCGCUCGGCGGAGAACGGAGCAGACCGCCAUCAGCUCUUCCUUCCUCCGGCGAUGGCGCAGGAUCCCAAAGAGGCUUCUGCUUCCGCCGAGAACCCCACGGCGGCGGCGGCGGCGGCGGAGAAGGUCGCGGUGAAGGUGCUCUUCUUCGCCCGCGCGCGGGACCUGGCGGGCGUGGCGGAGGGCUCGCUGGAGGUGCCGGCGGGGAGCACCGCGGGGGAUUGCCUCGCCCGGCUGCUGGCCGACUUCCCCAAGCUGGAGGAGAUCCGCCGCUCCAUGGUGCUCGCGCUCAACGAGGAGUACGCGGCCGAGGACGCCUCCGUCGGCGACGGCGACGAGCUCGCCGUCAUCCCGCCCAUCAGCGGCGGCUGAAUCUUUUCCCCCAGUCGAGGAAGAAAGGCCAACAUUAGAGAACGGUUCUUUCUUGCUUUCCUCUUUUUCUUCCCUGUUUCCUGAUACAAUUCCUGAUACAAUACGCAAGAUGAAUAAAUAAACAACGCUUGUUUGUUUCCGUGGUGACAAAUUUGAUGGCAUAAUUGCUGUUCAAUCAUGUUGAUGAAUCACAUUAAUAUUUAAGUGGAUUGGGGUGUGUUAACUAACUAGCAGUGAUAAAGAUAAGUGAGAUGAAAUCACUUUCAUGGAACAAAAACGAUUCGAACUUCAGUAAAUGAGGCCGCGAUAAAUCGUGCGACUUGUGGACGAGCCUACAGGUACGUGGUAAAAAAUGGACCCCAUUAAGCAUCUGAAAGAACAGAUUAUGUGAAUUGUUGAAAGAUCAAAUCAAUAUGCAUGUUUAAUUUAGUGGAGGAAUAAAUUCUUUUUGCU